UAACAAAAACAUUAAUGGAAGUACAUAGAAAGUCAAUUCCACAAACAAUUUGACUGUUAGCACACCAACCACUGACUCGCCUGCAGUCCUUUGUGCCGGCUUAUAAUUAAAGCUAUUUAAUAAUAUUCGGUAACGCUUCUGCAAGCUGACGGCGGCGGUCAAAAUCAUUUCCCAUUGUCCAAUCUAGGCCGUCCAUCUUCAAGACAUCCCAGUCAGCUCACACGUGGACGCCAUCGCCCUUUUCCCUUGUAGCAAUCGGGAUUUGUACAUUUGAUUUUUUAUGAUACGGACGCUCCGCCAAACGCUUGGGCCAGAUUUUAUUAUAUUUGAUUUAUUUUUUUCUUUUAUUUUUAUAAAUUAUAAAUAAAAAAGAAAAAAUAAGUAAAUAGCAAUCAAUCAAAAUAAUGAAAUUUCUUUAUCUAUAAUGAAAAAUAAAAAACGGUAAUUCGAAAUGAAAAUUGCUUAAUCCUUCAUCUAAGUUUUCCGUUGACCACGGGGUGCUGUUAUCAAAGUGUUCCUUGGAAAACCAAAAAAUCGAAACCUUAUUAAACCACUAGGCUCUCUGUGCAUCCAUUUCCAUUUACCUACACAGUUUCUUCUCCUGGAAAAAGGAAAAAAAAAAGAGAAACAGAGAAACUAAACAGUUUCUUCGUUAGUAGUACUAUUAAUAUCACAAACCAAAUUAAGGAAACGAACAAAAGAAACCGUUGAAUUACCUUUGGAUGGUCCUGGCUAAUCCUCCGCUUUGUUAAGAAAUCUUUGAUUUCCUUGGCGGAUUUCCCUUUUAUUCUGUCAUAUACCCCAAUUUUUCCUUCACUUGGUUGUGCUUUCUUGAUUGAUUAAGAAAAAAACCAGGGUCAAAAUGAAUCAAGAAUCACAUUCUCCCAUCUUUUCUUCUUUCAAACUCACACCUUCUCUUCUUCUUUACCCCUUCGUUUUUUAAAUCCUUUUUCUUGGUUUCGAGAGGAAGAGAUAUAGAAUAUACGGAAAAUAAAUUCCGUUUUGGAUGAAAAAUGACUCGUCAGGUUUUGAUAAGAUCACCGCCUUUGACACGUAGGCAACCGUUUUUGCUAUCGGAGGAUCAGAAGACGGCGAGGAAAGGGAAGAAAUUCGGGGAAGUGGCCGGUGGGACCGCGGCGGAAUGUGCGGCGGUAUGUUGCUGCUGCCCAUGUACCGUCAUGGAGCUGCUUGUUUUGGGCCUUUAUAAGGUUCCCACUGGGCUUUGCAGGAAAGCCUGGAAAAGGCGGAAACGGCAGCGUUUGACAAAGAAGAAUCAGGGCCUGUUGGGCCAGUCUAAGGCUGGGCCCACGAGGGAGGAGUUGGAGGCUGAGCUGGAUCGGAUGGUGGAGAAAGUGGGGCAAGACGGAAACGAUGAGUCCAAAGGAGCCGUUGAUCUGGAGAAGGAGAUGUGGAACCGGUUUUAUGGGACUGGUUUUUGGAGGAGUCCAUCACAGAGAGACACGUAACAUGUCACGUGAAGGAUGGAACUAAAUGGAUACAAAUCAAAUCAAAUGUGGGAACCUUUUGGAAUGGGAAUUUUAUUUUUUUGUGGAUACAAAAAAGGGGAAAUUUGAGAUUUUUGUCUCACUUUUUAUUGAAUAUUAUUCGGUGUGUUUUCAAA